AUGGCUAAAACCUACAGUCGAGGAGGGUGCACUAGUUGUAAGCUUAAGAAGAAGAAAUGUGAUGAGGCUCGUCCUCUGUGUGGUAUUUGCGCCCGUCUAAACAACAAUUGCACUUACAAUAAUCUGGUGUUUGUAUACCAACCUAAUGUCAACGCAUCAAAAGGAAAGAUCUUCAAGAAGGUCAACUUACCUACAAAGCCAAAAGAGCAGCAAGAUGGAGUAGAUGCAGUUAAGUUGAGUAUUGAGGAAUUUAGGAAAACUAUGAGAUGCGAAAGUACUCGCGAUGUGGGAAUGACAAGUCCUCAUAUAAACAUCAACUCCACAUCAAGAGAGGUGGAUGAAACUCCAGAUGAGGGGUUGGCAGUGCCUGAAUUCGUGAAAUAUUGGAAAGAUUUUGAUGGCAAGAGACUUGAAGAUCUCACUAAGAAGCUCGAUCCACUUGCUUUGGAUCCUAAAGAAGACUACUAUUAUGAUGAACAUAAUCAACACGUGCUGGAAUAUAUUUGGCUAAUGUUCUACCUGACGAGGGCUUGCAACAAUUACUUACUUGUGACAGAUCCUGAAAACUAUUGUAUUCCCAAGUGGCUCUUGCACUUUUGCAAAACGUACCCUGUUAUAGGAUAUGCUAUCACUGGUGUAUCAUCAAACCUAAUUGCAGAAAGAUGUGCCGAUUUGCGCUGGCACAAGAUCCGUCAGAGAACAAUGGAAACAGGACUUAAAGUGCUAGCACGGACUGUUCAAAAAGGUAACUCGUUUCCAGAAAUGGCCAUCUGUUUACUAUGUGUCAUGUUUCUAUUUUCUGAAAGGUCUGCUGCUCGCUCGGAUGCCUGGAGAGUCCACUUAAAGGGAGCGUUGGCAUUAGUGAGAAAAUGCGAUAAACUCCACUGGCAACUUGUGUCUCGAACUGAAUCGGAUUUGUCUUUGGACAUGCGGUAUGCACUCGAGUUGUACUCUUUCACUAAGAACUGGUUUGUUGCCUCAGAAACUAUUGCAUGUCUUUCCGCGCCCAACGGAGGUGCCAUAGUCAAUAGGGUAGAGCUCAACCAGCUUCUCCUAUACACUAACUUGGAUGAGCAGGCGGGGUUUGUCAUUGGAGGCUUCAAUUUGAUGAAAGGUUAUUCUCAGCUGUUAACACCAGUUUUCGUCACCUUAAGUGACAUCGCAUUCCAUCUCCGAAUGGAAAGGGGCAUAAAGUUGAGUGGAAGUACUGGCAUCUUGCAGAGCGGAGUGUUUCAGAACGACAAGUUUCACAUAGCUGGAGUUUCGGAUAGACUUUUAACCCAGAUCAAUCAUGCUGAGGCAGAGAUAUUUGAUCUUCACAAAAUUCUGAACCAUAAACUUCGUGCAUGUAUCCGAGGUUGCCAUCUAAGUUUCUGUGCUGCGUUACGGGUGUUUAUUCUAGUAGUUCUAGAGGAUGUUCCCAUUUACCACCCUGAGGUGCAAAAGAACGUGCAAAAAAUCGAGGAGUUGUUGGUGCCUACUUCAUGCAUUGAACUAAGUGUACUCUGUGUGCACUGGCCGAUAUUUAUAGGAGCAUUGUGCUCUCCACCAGGCUCUCAAAGGGUUGUGUUUUUGGAGCUGCUUAAGACCAUAACGAACACGGGAACAUAUGUGGCCAGAAAUUCUAUUGACAGAAUCAAACGUGCUUGGAAGUGCAUGGAUUCGGGAGAAAUUCUUAACGAAGAUGGCUUCGACUGCAUUGUUUUAUAA